CCUGCUCCUGUCCCCACAGGGAUGCCAGAUGACCAGAGGGAAGGUUUGCAGGAGGAGCUCAUCGAUAUUAUCCUCCAUGUCCUGAAGCGUAACCCCCAGCUGCACUACUACCAGGGCUACCAUGACAUCGUGGUCACCUUCCUCCUGGUGGUGGGGGACAGACUGGCCACAGCUCUGGUGGAAAAGCUCUCGACGCAUCAUCUCAGGGAUUUUAUGGACCCAACGAUGGACAAUACCAAGCACAUAUUAAAUUACCUGAUGCCCAUCAUAGACCAGGUGAACCCCAAGGUGCAUGACUUCAUGCAGAGCGCGGAGGUGGGCACCAUCUUUGCUCUCAGCUGGCUGAUCACCUGGUUUGGGCACGUCCUCUCUGACUUCAGGCACGUCGUGCGAUUAUAUGACUUCUUCCUGGCGUGCCAUCCCCUGAUGCCCAUUUAUUUUGCUGCUGUGAUUGUGCUGUACCGGGAGCAGGAAGUUCUGGAGUGCGAGUGUGACAUGGCCUCUGUCCACCACCUCCUCUCCCAGAUCCCACAGGACCUUCCUUACGAGACUCUGAUCAGCAGAGCUGGGGACCUUUUUGUCCAGUUCCCACCAUCCGAACUUGCCAGGGAGGCAGCUCAGCAGCAGGCUGAACGAACCGCGGCUUCCACUUUUAAGGACUUUGAGUUGGCAUCAGUGCAGCAGAGACCAGACACUGUGUUGAGGCAGCGCUUCAGGGAGCGGCUCCGAGGGGAGGAGCGGACAAAAUCCAUCUUGACAAAGCCAAGGACCAACCGCUUUGUCAAGCUGGCGGUGAUGGGGCUGACGGUGGCGCUGGGAGCAGCUGCCCUGGCUGUGGUGAAGAGUGCGCUGGAGUGGGCACCCAAGUUUGAACUGCAGAUUUUCCCCUGA